GCAACCAAAUGAGUAAAUCACACAGGGCAGGGUCUCCUAUACCCAAUGAACGACCUACUGCUAAACGUUCACCUUCCAUCUUAGUCACAGAUGUACGAAGUCACAACAUUAAGGGAACGCGAGCACCGUUUGCAGGUCAAAAUUUCCGUAAACAACAGGAGCAACUUCAACAGCAACAAUCGUCACAAGGGUACACGUUCCAACAACUGGCCCACCAAACUGCAUUACAGAAGCGAUUAGCUUUCCGAAAUAAGUAUACAGAUAUAUCUGUGGAUAAAUUGUUGAGUAAUUCAAGUGAUAUCCCGUCCGGCCAGAGCAGAUUGCCCAGUAAUCGAUAUGAUUCUCCUCCAUUACAGCCUACCAAUGCAUUAGAAAUCCCUAGAAGAAACAUCAGAAGUAUUCCCAAGCUAUCCCAGUCCUUGCCCCUGAGAACAUCCAAGACUUCUCAGAAAUUGGUGUUGAUUCCUGAGCAACAACAACAACAACAACAGCAGCAGCAGCAGCAUCAUCUUCAUCAUCAUAAUAACCAUAAUCAUCCUCAUCGCCCUGGGUCGAUUUCUCCCCCUUUACAACCAACUGUGUCUACAUCAUCAUCGCCUCCACUUCCUCCCACCAGCCCAGAAUUACAACCUCAAAUAACUAGAUCGCGAGCCGAGUUGAUGGAUAAAGAUGCACGUGCCCAGGAGUUUAGUCGUAUGACGGCUUAUUUCAUCUGUGAAUCAUUCAACCUUAAAGCCGUGGCUAAAUUCCUUAGAGAAAACCACGAAGUGAAACCACGAGUCUAUGACGAGGCAUUGUAUGUUCCUUAUUCACUUCCUCUACUCCCAGGUAACGACGGAUUACGUGUCAAGAGUAACAACUCAGCCAAGCUCAUGGCAAACAAUCGAUACAUGGAGAAAUUGAUUAAUCGAAGUGAACAAACUGAUCAUUUGUAUGAAUAUUAUUCGGGAGUGGAGACGCCAGAAGAUGCCAAUAACUAUUCUAUGGAUCCAGAAGUGGAAGACACUAAUGCACCUUUUGACCCAAGUGAACCCCAGUUUUUUGCCCCACCUUUGGAGGAAAGACCCAUGACUGAGGAUGCAAUAAUAAAUGAGAGCGUUUCAUCCCCACCACCGGCGGAACUUCCACCUAAUAGAGUAAAAAAGUUUUUAUCUACCAGUGCAGAACAGCAACGCUCGGCAUCACCAUUGCAUUCUCAGUCGAUUGUGUCUAAACACCACGCAGAGAUGUUUAUAUUCGAAUAUGGGAUUGUGGUGUUUUGGAACUUUUCCGAGAUCCACGAAAAGAACAUCCUUGCUGAUUUGGCAUUCUCGGAAGAACAACUAGUGAUUAACCCCAUUGAUGAACAAGAUAUUGAGACAGAGGAAUUUCAUUUUGAGUAUGAUCCACAGAUUCAUCGUCCGAGAAUAUACAAUGAUAUGGUUACACUCAGACUGGGAGAUCAUAUGAUCAAGCUAACCAUGUCCCAUGCUAUUGCUCAACUGACUAAACUUGGGCUAUUUGAGAGUAAAUUAGUCAAUAUCUUAUCGCUGAUUUCGCGUAUUCCCAAGAAGUUAGCACUUACUGGUAGAAUAGGAUACAAACGAAACCAGCUUCUUAAAAAGAGUGGGAAAUUGUUCAAGUUACGAGUGGAUGUGAACUUGUCCAGUUCGAUCUUGGACACGCCUGAUUUCUUUUGGAGUAUUGAACCAGCGUUGCAUCCAUUAUACCAGGCUGUUCGAGAAUACCUUGAAAUCGACCAGCGAGUCACCGUGUUGAAUGAUCGAUGCAAGAUGUUUUUGGAGUUUGUUGAUAUUGCCAGUGAUAGUAUGAGUGAAAAGAACACCAACCGAAUCACAUGGAUGAUUAUUGUGAUUAUCGGCUUGAGUUUAUUUGUCAGUUUGUUUGAAUUCAUUCUUGAAAUCUUGCCCCAUAAAUAAAGUUCACCUCUAUAUGUCUACGCUACCAAAUCCUAGUCUAAUACAUAAUUAAUUUUUUUUU